AUGGCUCUCAUUUGGGAGGUGGUUGGCGGCGCGGAGCGGGGUGGCGUCAUUGUGCGUUGCGGGUGCGACCUGAGCUCGGACAUCGCGGACAGUCGGCUGGCCACAGGAUCCGUCGUGAAGGAGAUCGAGUCGCACGACGGCCGGGUGCAUUAUGAGCUGGUCCGAGGCUCCGGCCCGACCUCGGGCUGGGUGACGCCCAACCUCCGCGGAAAGGAACUGCUCGUGAAGCAGGCAGAGCCGGCCACCCAGGCCAAGACAAAGCGUGGGAUCUUCUCGCAGUGGGCAUCCACAAAGGAGGAGGUGGCAGAGGUGGCGGAGUGUGAGCAGAAGGUCGCGAGUGAGCCAGAGGAGCUUCCACUGCUGGAGAACGAGGUGCCAGAGCCAGAGGCGCCUGUGGCCGUGGGCAAGGAGCUCACGGAGGACGAGAAGGCCGCCUUCAACCUGUACACCGAGAAGUUCGGGGAGUGCCGCGAUGGCUCGAACCCAGGCUAUAACCGCAAGGCCUUCCCUUGGUAUACCGGUGUGCCCAAGCAGUCGCAGCAGGAGAAGCUGUCCUCUGAGGUGCUGGAGUCGGCCCUCAAGCCCAAGGAGCGUAAGUCCAAGGAGAAGCUUUGGGAAGUUGACUCUGAGGGAGAGGACAUCCCCCUCUGCACCCAGUGCCACAUGCCGGUGGGGGAGUUCUCCUACCAGGGCCGCGAGGGCAAGAAGGGCUGCGUUCACUCAGAGUGCAUGGCCCAGGUGUUGAUCCAGGACCGCCAGCGUGAGGAGGACUGCCGUGCCAAGCGCGAGAACAUCAAGAAGCUGAAGAACCGCAAGGAGUACGACAUCGGAUGGCGCAUGGACAGCGUCCCCAAGAACCAGAGCCUGGCGGAGCGCAUGGGCUGCAGCCCGGCGCCCGAGGGCCUGUGCUGCCUGGUGCUGGAUGAGGCCUCCCGCACUGUGAAGGUGGCGGCCACUUUGGAGCCCUCGGCGGCCAUCAACCUGGAGUAUCUGCUGCUGGCGCUGAAGGUGCGGAAGACGGCGCACCGGGAGCCUUUGUUCUCCCUGGACCCGGUGGAUCCCCAGAACCUGGAGAAGACGCCCCAGAAGAAGGUCUAUGAGCCAGCCUGGCUGGCGGGCACCAGCGUGGGGGAUGUCAUGUUCCAGGCGGAUUACUUCCUCAAGGAGUUGGCGCUUGGCGAGUACGACAUGCCCGUGGUGGGCAUGCUCAGCGUCUUCGAUUGGUCAGAGAUGUCGGGCAGGGACAAGACCUGGGCCGGGCGCGAGUGGUUCGUGGUGAAGAAGGCUGAGGUGCGGGCUGCAGAUGACAACACCCUCAUUCCGCACGUGAAGAUGGGUGUGGAGGCCAGGGAGCAGAUCGUCACCAAGAAGGGCCUGGAGGACGCUGCGGUCACGGCCACCAACCAUCCCCUGAAGAAGUUCGCCGACGCCUUCACCAGGAAUUUCGACGUCAUUGCGGAGCGCAAGAGUGUCGUCUUCCACCUUAGGGAGCUUGCCAAAGCCUCCGUGAUGGCCAAGUACCUGGUGGACUCCAAGGCCCGCUUGGACCCCUCCUGGUACAAGAUGGCGGAUGAGAUCGUGAAGGGCACCGAGCCCGAGGCCUUCCCUGAGAUCCCGCAGCUGUGGAACAUGCGGGGCAACAGCCGCAUCCAGCUGAGGAACGGAAAGCUGGUGGACGUGAUCACGGGCGGCCAGAGCCGGCUGCAGGCGAUCUACGGGGGUGUGGAGUUCGGCCUGGACCGCUUCGAGCUGGCGCAGCGCCACGCGCUCCAGGGCAGCACGGCGCGGCCGGGGAUGCCCUUGGCGCAGAGUGGGAGGCCCCUCUUCAUGCCCCAGCGCUUCCAGCUGGGUCAGCGCGGGGAGAUGCCCCAGGGUGUCGACCUGAACUUGGACAAGUUCUCUCUCUCCAAGGAGGACCGCUUCAACAAGCUGCCGCCCUGCAGCGGAGGGCCCAACUCCCUGGAGGCGAAGGUCACCCUGGGCCGGGCCUUCUUGCAGGGCCUGCAGCAGCGCUUCGCGGAGAUGAAGCCUUCGGAUCAGAAGCUCUUGCUGAACAUCUUCAACGUGCCCCAGUGCGACCGCACGGAGGAGGGCGAAGCCUUUGUGCCGCCUGACCCCAACCUGGAGUACAUCACCAAGGUCCGCGGCAUCGUGGGAGAGGAGGAGUCCAUCCGGAACCGGCGCAAGCAGCGCUUCUCCGACAAAAGCUUCUCCGUCACCAACCCGGGCCCCGAGUUCCCCAGGAGUUGGACACCCUCCUUCCAGGUGGAGAUGGACGGGCGGGUGGCCGAGACGGCGCCCACCAAGUUCGGGCUUCACAAGCUGGAGGUGGACGAAGAGCUGAAGAACACCUUGCUGAGCGAGGUGCUGCCUUCCGCCUCUCCCGAGUUCAAGAAGACCACGGAGGACGGCUUCACCUUCUGCAUCUACAAGAUCGGGAGCCUGGAGGUCCGCACUGUGCGGGAGAGGGAGGGGGAGGAGUGCAUUUGCGUGAUCUUCUCCAGCGGAAGCGCCUCGUGGGAGACCAAGUCCGUGAAGCCAAGCGAGGUCCUGGAGAAGGAGCGCGUCUCCAAGUGCAAGAUCUAUGUGGAGGCCGCCGAGGAUGUGUCCUGCCACUACUAUGUGGUCCUGGAGACGCAGAACGGCACUGCUGUGGUGACGGACGUGUCCAAGAGCGGCACUGUGUCGUGGCUGCCGAACCCCCGCAGCCUUGAAGAUCGGAACUCCCUGGCAAAGCUGCUCUUCCAGUCAGACGCCAAGGACAACAUGAGCAUUCGCGAUGUGAAGCUGAUGUCGGAGGAGGUGUCCUUGCCACCAGGCGCGAGCAUGCACCACCGCAAGCAGUACGCCAAAGCCAUUUUCAAGUCCGUGACCGGCCGGCCCUUGCGUGGCAAGUGGGGCGGCAACAUGAAGAAGUAUGCGCCACCGCCCUCUGGGGAGCCGGGACGUCUUGGCCUGGCCGCAAUGGGCCGCUCCUCGGAUUUCUUGAACGUCAUGUGGCUGGCACGGAGCUCCAACAGGCAGCACGAGGUGCUGAAGCCCAAGAUCCCUGCCUGCUUCUGA